CCCCCACCAUGGGAAACAAUGCUCAACAAGACCUUCUGCAUGCAGGUCCCAUCCUUUCCUGUCCUUCUGCAAAGCAGCAGCAAGCUCAAUUGUGUCUUGGAAUGCAUGGAGCUGGAUUCCUUCCGUGAACUCAGAGGGGAGAAGAUGACAGCCUGAAGUACCAAAUCAUUUCAUAGUUAUCAGCACAGUGAAGCCAAUCAUUUUUUGAAAGUGCUUCAGGACACAUGUCUAUAAAAGGUGAUGGGGAUGAGAUGUGACACAGGGCAAACUUCACAACAGUAAAUUAUUACAGCAGGCCCAUUGAUAGGAUAGGUCUGCACAUUGGGAUAUUGCCUUAACAAGAUGGCUGUGUAACAUGUCGGGGAGCAAACUACUAGCGAGGUUAGGUUAUAAAGUAGGGAAAACAAUAGGAGAGGGCAGUUACUCCAAGGUGAAAGAAGCCACUUCAAAAAAGUACAAUGAAAAUGUAGCAAUCAAAGUGGUUGAUACGAAGAAAGUGCCAAAGGAUUUUGCCAGCAAGUUCUUGCCCAGGGAGAUGGCCAUUCUGAGAGGGAUCAAACACCCUCACAUUGUGCAAGUGUUUGAGUUUAUCGAGGUUCUCAAUGAAAAUGUUUACAUCGUCAUGGAGCUGGUCUCAACAAAUCUUCUGGAGCUCAUCCAGCACAGGACCUGCAUCUCCUGCCAGGAGGCCAAAUGCUUGUUCUCUCAGGUCGCCAAGGCCAUUAAGUACCUUCACGAGCGAGACAUUGUCCAUCGGGACCUCAAGUGCGAGAACAUCCUUUUGACUGAGCAGAUGCAGGUGAAGUUGGCUGAUUUUGGGUUUGGGAGGAAGAGUCAGGGAUACCCGGAACUCAGUACCACCUACUGUGGCUCUGCCGCCUACUCCCCUCCCGAGGUCCUUCUAGGGGUUCCUUAUGACCCCAAAAAGUACGAUAUCUGGAGCAUGGGGGUCAUCCUGUACGUAAUAGUGACCGGUUACAUGCCAUUCAAUGACUCCAGCAUCAGCAAGUUACCAGAGAAACAGCUGAUGGGUGUGAUAUAUCCGGAGGAGAUUACACUAGAAGAGAAGUGCCAAUGUUUGAUAGAGAAAUUGCUAACAUUCAGUCCGCCAAUGCGUCCGACAGCUAACCAAGUGACAAGGCAUGCAUGGUUUAGAGAAUGCAAAUAA